AUGGAAGAUGACAACGUGCAUGACUUCAAGCUGGUGGAGAACAAGACAUUCUUGGAGUACCUGCCCAUUUGCCGGGCCGGGCGGUCUGCAAGUUGCCCCGGGAGGCUGAACCGGACUGGCUCGGUGGAGUGUCUUUUGCCAGCUUCUCGUCGCUCAAGCCGGAGCGCGAGCUUUGCUUUUGGCCUGCCUAGACCUGGCAACGAAGCGUUGUCAGCUUCCCCCCGCAACAAGCCAAACUAUGCCAAAGCUGGAAGCAAUGAGACGCUGGCAAGCGCAGCUGACACUGCGACCACUACAUGCAGCCAGGAAGAUGCUGAUGAAACAACAAAUGGUCGAGAACCCGGAUGGUCCGCUGGGUCAUCACUCCACCCACAGCGCUGCAAGCCCUGUGCUUGGUUUUGGCGGCCGGCUGGCUGUGCCAGGGGCACAAACUGCCACCACUGCCACACGUGUCUGCCAGGCGAGCUGGUGAGGCGUAGGAAGCAAAACCGGGUGGUUGCCAAGACUUUUCGAAGCCUUGCCAAAGAGCGGCCGCAACUGGCGCUGCCCUCGCAACUGUGCUUUCCCGCCGCAGUUCCCAUGAUGUGGCCGGUGGAAAUGUGCUUUUCGGCUGGCUCAGGCCAUUGA